CAUACAUUAGAAACAAUAACAGUCAAUAAAUGAAGCAAGUGUCACAGAUAUAGAUAAAACAUAGAAAGAAACCAGUUAAUAAAAAAGGUCACAGUGCAUUUAAACAACGCCUACUAUCUGCUGCUCUAGAUUACCCCCUAGCGGACACUCCAUGAAUUACGUUUGUCAUUUUCUUUUUACCUGUUCUUUGUAUUUUUUAUUUUUAAUGAAUCCAAUUUAUUUAAUAGUAUAUUUUAAUGAUGAUAUUGAUCUUUAAACCACUACAGAGACACAAUUCUUUCAUCUACAGUUACACACGAGAGGAGUAUCAGUGCAGCGACACAACAGGACAACUCCUGAGCCUCUCAAUGCCUGUGCUGUUCUCAUCAGAGCAGUCACACAUGGGGAAUAUAACACAAGCUGUGCUAGACUUCAUGAAGAAAGAUUAGAGUAUAUAUGGGAAAACAUUCAUUUUGUUCUCUACAAAUCUACAUUGAGCUCUAUGACACUGAUUUGACCAAACUGUAAACAUAUUAUUAUUAUUAUUAUUAUUAUAUACGCUCCAGUACAGCAGGUGGCGGUAUUCAGCUUUACGCUGCUCUCUGUAACUCGCCACACAGGAAGAAGAAGAAGAGGAGGAUAUCCAGUUUACUCGUGAUGAGCUUCUGGAUUUGAGUGUCUCAGCUGCUGAUCUAUUCCUGCAUUCAGCUGAAUUAUGAAGGCUGAUCAAUGACUGGAGAUCUGUGAUUGUUCAUCAGUUUCUGCUGGAGAUCAAACUCUUCAGGUCCAUCAUGGAGGACACACACACACCUGGAGAUCUGGAUUUGUCUACAGGAUGCAGGUAUUAGACCUACACGUGACAUUUCAUAUGAUUAUUUUCAACAGGAAGUUGAAUGUGCUGACUCAUCUGAGUGAGACGCGAUUGCCAUCCGUGAGAUAUUGUGAAGUGCGGGGUAAAGUUAUUGCCAAGAAACUACCUCCCUGCUCAUAAAUAAAAGAUUGAAAUUAUCUCCUGACUCCUACUCCUUAACCAGAGUGCUAAAGUGGUCAGCAACAUUUUAAGAACUGGCAUUCUAAAUUGGGCAAUACCCAACAAAUGGUCCUUCGAGCCGGAGCACUGACUGCUUCAGAAUGUCAGCAGAUGGCAAUCCAACAUCUCCUUCUCAUGCCAGACCAUUACGACAAUGUCAAGCCCCCAGGUAUCUAGAGGAUUAUGUCCUUGACUCCCAUCACCGACCUGCCCUCACCUCUAGUACGGUUCAAAGUGUAAUGGAGGAGCCAAAAGGCGCAGCAGCCGCAGUGUAUUCGAGUCAAAUUAAUGGAAACCAUAAACGAGAAGGACAAAGAAGAAAAUGCUGAAAUGCACAGUCUUCUCAGGAAAUUAGAGCAGCUCAAGAAACGGAAACAGCGCAGAGAGGAGAUGAUGGAGCACAUUACGUCUUUCAUAAGGGAGGAACAGGGAAAUGAGAACAAUGAACCAGUACAGUCUUCUCCUGCAUCUUCUAAUCCAUCAAGUCCUCCACCCUUACCCUCAUGGGAAACAGUACCACAAUCAGAGCACCAAGUUGCUGCAGGCUUAUCAAUGGGACCAGAGGAGAAGUCACAUCAGAUGUCAGCUAUGGUUUCUAGACCAACGGUGGGGAGCCAUAAUGCUGCUUAUGAAUCAGUCAAUCAGAGUUGUCCACAAACUACAGGUUUUUUGUGUUCCCCUCCCUCAUCUGGCAUGGCAUCUCCUGUUCCCCAUCUGCCACAGUCACAGCUAUAUGAGCCCAUGUCCUCUCAGGCUCCCAGACCUCUCCCUAGGCAGGAACAAGCUAGCACUGCUCAUUCAGAACGAUCAUUCCACCCCCUUGAACCACAGGUGAUUUCGCCAACACCAGUCUAUCCACGUUCUAUGGCACCUUAUGGCUAUAUUGCAACACCAUACUCACAAAUGCAGUUGGUGAAUGCACCCAAUUCACACAAUCUUGCCCCUCCGUAUCAAGCAAUGAUGUCAUCAACAUUACUUCCCCAAAAUAUGUUCUCAGGCCCAAUGCCUUCAGUGAGCACGGCUGCAGUCGCACCACAGUUGGUCACAGCUCAGGUAGCAGCACCACCCAAUGGUAGUAUACCUCAACGUGCUUUAUACAGCCCCCCAAAACCAAAAAUUCCAGACUUCACAAACGACAGUGAACGAGAUUUUGCUAAUAUGAAGCUAGCAUUGGACAAUUUGCUUGAACCUUACCCUGAACUAACAGAAAAGUACAAAUACCAUGUACUAUUGGAGCAUCUUAAACUUCCUGAAGCUCAGAUGAUAGGGCAGUCAUGUAGGCAUCAUCCAUAUCCCUAUUCAGCAGCUAUGCAAGCACUUCAAUUACAGUAUGGUCAGCCCCAUCAACUGGCUCAAAGUGAAAUAGCAGCCAUCCUCACAACACCAGAUGUAAAGCCCAAUGAUGGUCAUAGCUUUCAGAGUUUCGCUUUGAGAGUUCAUCUUCUGGUCAGUAUGCUGCUGUCACUAGAGGGACCCCGAGGGAUGGAGCUUAACUGUUGCUCGUAUGUGGACCGCUUGCUUAGCAAGCUACCAAAAUACCUUCGAGAUGGCUUCAUUGAGUUCCUACAACAGCAGGGAAAACUUAAUGCCUUAAGUUUGAACCCUUAUAAUCUGCAAGACUUCGCUGGGUGGCUACAAGUCAAAGCACAGCAGCAGCGGCUGUCUAAUCGACUAAUGCAACGCUAUCAACAUGAAAGGCCUUCAAGUAUUGGAAAGGAGAAAACUCAAGCCAGAACAAAGGGGACAAGCUUAGUACUUUAUCAGGGUGCGGCCCCCAAUGAGACUGCUCUCCCUACCCAUCCUAAAGAGAACAAACAAAGGAAGCCACUUAAGGUACAAUGUCUGUUCUGCAAUAGUAAAGAACAUUACAUUACACGCUGCGACAAUAUCAAAGAGCAGUCAGUCGCAGAGCUCCAUAAAUGGAUUUCAGAUGGAAGGCGAUGCUGGAAAUGUGCAAGAUUUCAUGCACCAGAGAUGUGCAACCUCAAAAAGCCAUGCAGUGACUGUGGUAGAAUACAUCUAAAGGUGCUCCAUCGUAUCGCACCUAAUGAUCAACCAAACACAUCAGGUACGCCAGAGAGUCGUAUUUACCUCACCCCUGCCAGUGUGACCUGUAGAGUGCUUCUUAAAGUGGUUCCAGUGUUGCUACAUGGCAAGUUCAAAUCAGUAGAAACCUAUGCUAUACUAGAUGAUGGAGCGCAACGAACUAUUGUCUUACCUAUGGCUGCACAGAUGCUUCAGUUGAAAGGUGAACCUGAAGUACUGACUUUACGCACAGUGCGAGCAGAUGUUACCCAUCUUUCUGGAUCCAAGAUUAAUCUGGAAAUUUCCCCAAAAGGCGAACCCAAUAAACGUUUUCAGAUACUUGACGCCUUCACAGCUUCCGGUUUGGAUCUAGUUGAGCAAUCAUAUCCAGUACAGAGACUUCAAAAGCUGUAUGCUCACCUUAGAGGGCUCCCUCUACAGUCCUUCCACAACGUACGCCCACUAGUACUGAUCGGAUCAGAUCAUGUUCAUCUUAUCACAGCCGAUAAGCCAGUCCACCAAGGAAUCAAAGGUGGCCCAGUUGCAAUACACACAGCCCUCGGAUGGGCAUUACAAGGAGCAGAGAAGAGCACACCAAUCCACAAUUCAGUACAGCAGUGUCUUUUUACAGCGGCCUCCUGUCCCAAUGACUUGCUUUAUCGCAGUGUUGAAAAGUUAUGGCAACUGGACAUCUUGCCUUAUCGAAAUGAGAAACUGGUGGUUCGUUCCAGGGAAGACCAAGAAGCAAUCAAACUUCUUGAGUGCAAAACACAGACAAUUAAUGUGGAGGGUGUCCAGCGGUAUGCCACCCCUCUCCUGCGCAAACCUGGGGCUCCUACACUAUCGAGUACGACUCGAUCUGUCAUGCCUACUUUGAGAAGUAUUGAGAGGAAACUCCAGAGAGACCCUGAGAAAGCAACCAUCUACUCUCGUGAGAUUGAGAAGCUCAUUAAAGCAGGCUAUGUCACUAAAAUUUGUCCAGAAGAAAUCAGCCAGUCUAAAGAGGCCUGGUACAUACCCCACCACCUGGUGUGUCACAAUGAUAAACCAAGACUGGUCUUCAAUUGCUCAUUCAGGUCUCAAGGUCAGUCUCUGAACGAUCAACUUCUCCCAGGGCCUGCACUUGGUCCAUCAUUAUUGGGCGUUCUUUUAAGAUUUCGUCAAUACAAUGUGGCUGUAAGUGCAGAUAUCAGGGGAAUGUUCCAUCAGGUUCGCUUGUUACCUGAGGACAGACCUCUUCUCCUCUUCAUUUGGCGAGAUCUGCAAUAUGAGAAUUGUCCAGAUGUAUAUGAAUGGCAGGUUUUGCCAUUUGGUACAACCAGUAGCCCAUGUUGUGCCAUUUUUGCUGUGCAGCAGCAUGCUCGCAAUAAUCAAGAGAGCUACCCAAGUGCUUUACAGACAUUCCAGCAAAGCUUCUAUGUGGACAAUUAUCUAGCGAGUUUUCCCACCACAUCGGAAGCCAGGGUGUCCGUUGAUCAACUGCGCAGCCUACUAGCUACAGGUGGCUUUGACCUUAGACAAUGGGCUAGCAACCAGCCCGCAGUGAUCUCGCAUCUACCCACUGAGGCAAGAUCUUCAGCUGCAGAACAGUGGCUUGCACAAAAUAGAACUGAUCCAAUGGAACCAACUCUGGGCCUCAGGUGGAACUGUGCUGCUGAUACACUGGGAUACCACUAUCGUCCAAUAGAACAUGCUACCCUGACAAUGAGAACAGCGUAUCAAAUACUAGCCACACAGUAUGAUCCACUGGGCUUCAUUGUGCCCUUUACCACGCGAGCCAAGGUGCUCAUUCAACAGUUGUGGUCUAAAAAGCGAGAUUGGGACGACCCAAAUUUACCACAAGAUCUCAUGAAUGGGACACAUGGGACAAUGAGUUAAAACAUCUCAGCGAU